GGGAAUGGAACAGAGAAACCACAAAGAGGAUGUGGGCACUUCUCCAAUCCACUGACUCCUGCUCUGUGUCUCUGCAACGCGCUGUUCUCCAUGGGAAUGUGACAAUAGAGGGAAUGAAAGCUCUCAUUCUGCAUGUAUGGUCACAUCACCGCCAAUAGACUCAGACCGGUGUUCAUAAGAAGCAGACCAACCUCGGCACUGUUAGAGCCGGGGAGGGAAGCACAUGAAGAGGGAUGUAAACGUGAAGAGGAAAAGGGAAGGCACAUGAAGAAGAAGUCACUUCCCCGCUGUAGAGGCUGAAUGUUUCCUCUCAGCGGCAGCACAGCAGCAGGGACUUUCCUCUGGAGAAGAGUAGAUGUGGUGAAUGAGGAGGCGUCACAGUGACUGAAGGAGGAGCCUGGAGAACAGAGAGUCAGACAGAGGGAGGAGCACAAACAGGCUUGGCAGCUGUGUGUUGUUUUUUUUUUUCUUCAGCAGUGAAACAGCAGCGGGAAGGGAGUGACUGCCGGCUGCACAGACACUCAGCUUUCUGUUGUCGUCUUUCUCCUGAGUUCAUUUUUCUGGCACAGAGCGUCCUCACUCACACCAUGGAUAACUUCCAGACCAUCCUGCGUUUCUUCAUGAACCAGAAAGCCACCAUUGGCUACAGCUUCAUGGCUCUGCUGACUAUAGGCGGGGAGCGAAUCUUCACCAUGGUCUCCUUUCAGUGUCCCUGCAACCACGACCAGAACUUCCCCUACGGGCUGACCUUCCUGCUGGGCCCGGCUGCGGUGCUGUUGGUCAUGGGUCUGUUCCUCAGCACCAGGAUGUGGAGGCUCUACACAGGCUGCUGCCUCGACCCCAUGAAGCUCUGCCCCCGUGGGAACUGCUUCGGCUGCCUCAGGGUGUUCAUGAACAUCUUCUCUGGGGCCUGCGUGGCCCCUAUAAUGUGGCUCUCUGUGGCCCUGCUCAACGGGACCUUCUAUGAGUGUGCCGUCAGCGGCCUGGAUGAAAAUGUGGUGGUGGAUCUGUUCUGUAAAAACAAGACCUUGAAGUGUCGGGAGGAGCUGGCCCGGGUUCCCUGCGACCGAUCCAAGCUGUCCAGCGAGGAGCGCAUGGAGCUGCUGCUGAUGCUCAGGGCCCAGUCACAGAUCCUGGGCUGGUGCAUCAUCAUCCUCUCUGCCAUCGUGGGCCUCCUGGGAACCUGCUACCACAACUGCCGCUCCAAAGUCAGCUACCUGCAGCUCACCUUCUGGAAACGCUACAUGGACAAGGAGAAGGAGAGCUUCGACACCUUCGCUGUGGACUACGCCACCAAGCUGGCCGAGAGGAACCUGAAGAGCUUCUUCGAGAACAAGGACCCCGCCCCGUUUCCUUUCCCCAACCACAAGGCAUGGGAGGAGAUCUCCGCGUACUACACCUUCUCCAGGAGCGAGCAGUACUACAGCACCCUGCAGCGCUACGUGGAGAAGGCGGACAGGGACUUCACACCAGAGAAGAGGCCGGUCCUGGAGCUUGAGGAUGGAAUAGAGAUGAGCUAGUGGAAGAGAGUGUGGUCUGCUCGCCAUUUUGUUGGGAAAUACAGAAACUGGAUUAGUGAGACCGCGCGAUCCUCAUCACUGUUAGUAAGGGCUAAUGUAUGUGCAUGUUUGACUGAGGAGAAGCCCAGGCUGCCUCCUCUCUGACAAAGCUAACCUCACUAUGUUAACUGCAAUGGUACGACCCUUUAAGCACAUGAGACAAUAAAGGACAUAACCACUGUUUUAUACUAAUGCUCUCUACCUCUGUAGCACAGGUGCAUUGUCCGUCUUCUAUUAACGCGGCGUCUGAAUGUUUUACAUACUUUGGAUUUACAAGAAAACAUAUUAACAAAUUUCCAGUAACUUUAAGAAAAUGCAUUCAGGGCCGUGGCUGCGGGUGGAGACACUGAGGUCAUGUUCUCAGUGUUAGUUCUAUUCAAUUCAAAUUUAGUUGUAUACUACGGUGUCCCUGAGAGCUCAGUGUUCUGCGACGGAAGUGUUUCCAGGGGACACAAGCGGCGGGGGAGGGGGGUAGAGUGAGUACGAGCUCUCUCUCUCUCUCUAUAGGAAUUAAGGCAAAAUGAUUACUUAAAAAGAAAAAAAGUGAUGAACCAGGCUGGGACGCAAAUGUUGUUCAAUGCUUUUAAAUCUGAUGAAGAUGUUUUCUGGAGUCUUUUGUGUUUUGUGUGUUUUCUUAAGUUGCAGUGUGUUGAGCUCUCAGGGCCACCAUAGUGUCAAAUCAUAACAUACAUAUCUCAAGUUAAAUUACAGAGAAGGUCAAGACCUCACAAGCACCUGGUGACAGUUGAGGGAAAACCUGGAAGAAACCUCUAACAGCACCAGAACCAGACACAGGGUGGGGGUCUGGACCACAGUUGCCGGUCUAGGGCCAGCUGCUGUUUCAUAGGGGCCAGUUAAAUCAGCGCUGCAGUGAAUGGCUCAGACAGGUCAUCCAAAUAAAGACAGUGUCAGUGUCAAUCAAAUACACCACUCUCAUCGAUAUACAUGUAAAAACAGCCUGUGAGUCGUACAGUAUUAUAGUUCAGUCCUCCUCAUGCUGCACAGCUAAACCAGGAUGAACUCUCACAAGCAACCAGCAGAGCUGAGCUCCUGCACAGGUGGAAAACCAGCGAAUGAAAAACUGGGGAACUUAGUCUGAUUCUGAAAAUAUCUAGAAUAGAAUCUGAAAAUAUUUUACUAUUUCAAAUGAUUGAAACCUUAUUUCACUGUAGAGCUGUGAGCAGAGCAUUGAUUCACUCAACCCUUCCUUACCCCUCUCUCUCUCUCUCUCUCUCUCUCUCUCUCUCUCUCUCUUUCUCUUUCUCUUUCUCUCUCUCUCACACACACACACACACAAAAACACAAAAACAGUGACACCAACAAAGCAUACAAGUUUAUUAGAGACUGUCCUCCUGUAAGAAACAGGUCCAUAGGUCGUUAUUAUGACCCGUACGUAUUGUUGCUAGGCAACAUCUAGUGGUCGUAGUAGUUAUGACAGGAGCAGUGACGUAGUAUAAAGAGAGACAAAGUCCACGUCAGGAGGAGGUUGUGGUGGAUGGAUGAAUAUGACACAGGAGAGCGGUGUUCGAUUCCCAUGAGAAACCAGCGGUUUAUAUUGUUUCUUUUAUACAUGAGUGUUCAGCAAAGUUAACCAUGUCAUUAUUAUUGUAACCAUGACGACAGAGAUCGUCUGAUGUUGAGGGUGUACUUACUUUAACCCAAAUCAUGAUCUUUUCCUAAACCUAACCAAGUAGUUUUAGUGCCUAAACCUCUGGGUACAGUCGUGUGUUUAUUACGGUAACCAUGACAAUAAAAGUCCGGUACGCCUGUCACCUUAGGGGCGCAACACUGACAAACAAGCCAAACUCUCCCAAUUAUUUCAUGUAAAUGUCAACUUUCCGGUCUUUGUUGUGAGUCCAGAGUGUGACUGUUCAUUCACAGUUACACGACACACGACAGUCACCACAUCAGGCUGCUGGAUAUCUAUUAGUUAAUAAUGAAAUGAGGCUAACGUCACCUUCCUCUCUCACUGCAGAUGUUGCAGUUCCCUGUUUGACCACACUCAGUGUCAGACCUUUAACAGCAGUUACGAAUUAGAGUGGUGAUGUUUCACACAUCGGUCAGAAAACGAUAGGAAACAGGAAAAACUGCGUUUUUUUGAGGACCACAAAGAGGUCAAGAUUUGAUGCAACAGGUUCAGCCCCCCCAACCCUGACCCCCUGAUGUACCCCACAACUUCAGGAAUGUUCAUUCUACAAUUUAUGAAACCUAAAAUCAAACACAGCAAGCAUAAAAGAAUUAUACACUAAACAAAUAAAAUAUGAAAGAUAUUUUCAUAUUCUGGAUUUGUUUACUCUGCUGUUUUUGGUGCUUUGGGGGAAUUUGACCUGAAGAUCCUGCUACGGCCCUGGUUUCAUUUUUGAUGAAUAAUUCAUCUCUAAGCUGAAAACGUGAAUGAAAUGAAAACAUUAAACUGUACGACUGCA